AUUAAUGAGCAUUCUCCCCAAAGGAAGACAUCACAACCUCAUUCCUAACAUAGAAAGUUAUUUAUUUCAAAUAGUUUCAGUGGGUAAAUAAGGAGGCUCAUUCCUUCAAUAAAGGACACAGCCAGGAGAACGAGACGUGCCCUAGUGAAACACGGCUUCUUCACUAGUUCAAGUAAACUCUUUGGAGACACCACGUCGGAUUCGUCCACUUAACAGGCUAAAAAUGCCACUUUUUGGCUGGAUGAAAUGGCCAAAAAACGAUGCCUACAAACCCACACACUGUCCUGGCUCAGAUGUGGUGACCAAGACUCUGCUUCGGGAAUUAAAAUGGCACCUAAAGGAGCGAGAGAGAUUAAUACAAGAAAUUGAAAAUGAACAAAAAGUGAAAAAAACAGGUGUGGAUUACAACUGGCUCAGAAACUACCAGAACCCCUAUACAACUAUCCCAGUGACCGAACAAAGACAACUCGAAGUUCUCUGCUCACAAGUUCAACUUUGCCAAACCGGAACCAUUCUCAGCAGAUUUCGAGAAGUUUUGGCAGAAAAUGAUGUACUGCCGUGGGAAAUAGUCUACAUCUUCAAGCAAGUUCUGAAAGACUUCCUGAGCAGUGCUGACGAGGGGAGCGAGCGAGGGGACCCGGGGGUUUCUCAGAGCACAGGCUGUCCUGCUCACUCCGCAAUCCCAGGUGAAAGCGCCAGGAGUCCUGACAAAGAUGAGAUACCCACUAUUUCAAGUUAUGUAGACAAAAACACAAAGAACAGGCUCCCAACAUUAUCACACAGAAUAUGGAACCUACCAUAUUAUUAUCCAUCAAGUUAAGCUACUUAUAAACAGAGGGGGUUUUAUGACCACCUUAGAAUCAGAACUCUCAAGAUUAAGAGUAAGAAAAAGUGAUGUGACUUCAAGUUUCUCUUUGUUACAAGGUCAGAAUUUUAAACUCCUAUGGAUGUAAUCUGUGUUUUAAACAGUAUUCUUUUUUAACCAUUCUAAACAUGCAAUGUUUUCAUUGAACAGUAUGCUUUUAACUAAAAUGUUUCCUAAAUAUUUUGAAAAAAAUGUUUGAAGUAUUUUUUUAUACCUCAAACACAUCUCACAGGAACUAAGGCAAUAUUAUUUAGUAUGAAGUUUAACAAAUUCUGUAUGAAACUCAGACAUUAACCAUGACUUUCAUUUUAAAAGGAAGCUUUGUAUUGAAUAAAAUGAUUAAU